AUGUCGCAGCCUUGUGGGCAUGUCAUAGAUUUGGAUGCGCUGAACGACGACGAUGCUUCUGACGUGGAUGUGUCUCAGCGCAGUGUCAUGGACGUGGACGAAAUGGACUUGGAGGAGCCAGACAUCCCACAGCAUGUGGGCCCUGGGCCAGACACCCUGCCAGGUAUCAUGCAGGCUUUUCGCUGGCCGUACCUCGCAGCUCAAGCGCUGGGCCGGCAUAUGCUGCCUGCCCAACUGCAACGGUCGUGUUUGACCAGAACCUGGAAAGUGUCGACCCAUUUCUCUGGUCUGGGUUCUGCUGAGCUGGCGUUGCAGCUGCUGGAGCACGCUGCUGCUGGUCUUACUGGUGGUGUGGGUCCACAGUUUAACCUUGUCUCAGCUUGCGAGAAACAACCAAGUCGCCAGAGGGUGCUUCGAACGCGGCUGCCCCAGGAUUGCCACAUAUUCGACGACAUCAUGGAGAGAUUUCGGGACUUGCCGGAACUUUCCGAGACAGUGGACUGGAGGGGCAUCUGGAGCAGAAUGCCAGACGUUUUUCUCGGUCAGGGUAUCGCUGAAGACAUGGAUAUUUCUGGAUCGCCCUGCCAAGUGUGGUCGUCCAUGGGCUCACGUGGGGAAGACAACCGAAUAGUGUUGUUCCUCGCGUGGGCUUUCCUAAUUCGGACGGGUGAAUGCAAGAGUGUCAUCCACGAGAACAUGUCUCGGUUCGAUGAGGGCAUCCUGUUAGAGUUACUGUCGGACACGUUUGAGGUGGUGACUUUGGAAGUACAUCCUUGGCAUUGCGGUUUCAGGAUCAUAGCCAGACCAAGAAAGUACUCUGUGCUCUUUCGCCGGCGCAAAAUUGAAGUAGUGUCAGACGUCCGUGAGGUGUACAGUCGGCUUUCGCAAUCCUUGGCGGACUGGCAGAAGCAGCCGGAUCUUGAAGAAUUCUUGUUGACUUCAGAGCAGGGCCUGUUGCAAGAGGAGAACCAGGCCAGGGCCAGCAAGAAGUUGACAGACAAGCAACGUGGCUAUUUGCAAAAGUACCAGGAGCAAGGCGCUGUGCGUCAGACCAGGAAUGUCGUCUAUGACCUGAGCCAGAGCCCAGAGAAGAGGCCAAUACAGACUUCGCAGCAGACAGGACGUUUGCCAUGUAUGAGAAGUGGUUCCCUCUUGUGGAUGCCAGACCGGAGGAGAUGGCUUGUAGAUGCGGAGCUGGCCGCUUUGAUGGGAUUUCCAAGCAGCGAGCCUCUGAAGAACUUGUACGGGGUGCCAGACAUCUUUUGCCCAGCCCGGUCUCAGGUAGGCACUGCCAUGCAUGUGGGAUGUGUUGGGCUGGUCGCACUUGUCGCUCUCGCGUGUGCACGAGACCGGUCGUAG